UCCCUGAGCAUGAACUGGACGGCGGCCGCGUGCUGGGCCCUGCUGCUGGUGGCCGCCUUCCUCUGCGACAACGGUGCGGCCAAGGGCGGCCGUGGCGGGGCGCGGGGCAGCGCCCGGGGCGGGCUGCGCGGGGGCGCGCGGGGCGCCUCGCGCGUGCGUGUCCGGCCCGCGCCCCGCUUCUCGGGCUCCUCGGCGCGCCUGGCGGCGGCGGGGGCGGCCGCGGGGGCGGCGGGGGCCGCUGCCGGGCUGGCGGCCGGCGGGGCCUGGAGGCGGGCCCCGGACCCCGGCGCGCGGGGCCUGCAGGACGCGGACGCCGGCCCUGACGGGAACGGGACCGUGUACAGCUACCUGGUGCUGAUCUCGGGCGCCAGGCCGCCCACCGGGCCGCGCCUCUGCCUGCUGCUGGGCAGCGUGCUGGGGGCCCUGGCACUGCGAGGCCUCUAGCCCC